UGCGUGGCACAAGCUGAUUGGAUGGCCUCAGUGAGGGGUGGGGGUAGAGGCUUCUGGAACGGUCGUUGGCCUGCUGAGCAGGGCAGCGCUCAUAAGGCUUUGCCACCAUUGGAGUCGGGCAGUUGAGGCAGCGCUUAGGCACCGAGGAUGUUGCGCAAGCUCACGGUCGACCAGAUAAAUGACUGGUUCACCAUCGGCAAGACGGUGACCAAUGUGGAGCUUCUGGGCUUGCCACCCGCCUUCCCUGCGGAGGCGCCCCGGGAGGAGGUACAGCGCUCGGAGGAGGUCCCCAAUGAGGAUCCUACGGCCCAGGCCCAGGUUCCAGUUAAGGCCACAGCACCGGCCAGACCAGCUUCAACCUCCGGGAGGUCACUCAGUCAGAGGAGCUCAGAAAUGGAGUAUAUUAACAAAUACAGACAACUUGAAGAACAAGAACUUGAUAUUUAUGGCCAGGAUCAGCCACCCAGUGGACCAGGUCUGAGGUCACCAUUGGCUAAGUUAAGUAAUGUGGCAUGCAUCCCAGAGACAACUUAUAAAUAUCCUGAUUUGCCUAUAAAUCGGUGUAAAGAAGAGGUCAUUUCCUUGAUAGAAAGCAAUUCUGUGGUGAUCAUACACGGUGCCACAGGAAGCGGCAAGAGCACACAGCUCCCACAGUACGUGCUAGACCACUACACCCAGCGCUCUGCCUUCUGCAACAUCGUAGUCACCCAGCCGCGGAAGAUAGGGGCCAGCAGCAUUGCCAGGUGGAUCAGUAAGGAGCGUUCCUGGACGCUGGGUGGCUUGGUAGGCUAUCAGGUAGGGCUGGAGAAAAUCGCAACAGAAGACACUAGGUUAAUUUACAUGACCACUGGAGUCCUGCUUCAGAAAAUUGUAAGUGCCAAGAGCCUGAUGGAGUUCACGCACAUCUUCAUUGACGAGGUGCAUGAACGGACCGAGGAGAUGGAUUUCCUGCUCUUGGUCGUCCGUAAACUCUUGAGGACAAAUUCACGGUUUGUGAAGGUGGUCCUCAUGUCUGCCACCAUCAACUGCAAGCAGUUUGCAGACUACUUUGCUGUUCCCGUUCAGAACAAGAUGAACCCGGCAUAUGUUUUUGAAGUGGAAGGCAAGCCCCACGCUAUUGAAGAGUAUUACCUUAAUGACUUGGGGCACAUUUAUCAUAGUGGGCUUCCCUACCGUCUGGAGGAGCCAGUGAUAACAAAGGAUGUCUAUGAAGUUGCUGUCUCUCUCAUUCAGAUGUUCGAUGACCUGGACAUGAAAGAGAGCGGGAACAAGACCUGGUCCGGGGCGCAGUUUGUGUCGGAGCGGAGCAGCGUGCUGGUGUUCCUGCCAGGUCUGGGUGAGAUCAAUUACAUGCAUGAGCUCCUCACAAACAUGAUUCACAAAAGGUUACAGGUCUAUCCACUCCAUUCCAGUGUGACUUUAGAAGAACAGAAUAACGUAUUUUUAAGUCCAGUCCCUGGGUACAGAAAGAUUAUUCUGUCAACCAACAUCGCAGAGAGUUCUGUCACAGUUCCUGAUGUCAAAUAUGUUAUAGAUUUCUGUCUGACCAGAACUCUGGUUUGUGAUGAAGAUACAAAUUAUCAGAGUCUGCGACUAAGCUGGGCUUCCAAGACCAGCUGUGACCAGAGAAAAGGCCGUGCUGGACGAGUGUCUAAAGGAUACUGCUACAGACUGAUCCCCAGGGACUUCUGGGACAGUGCUAUCCCUGACCACGUUGUUCCUGAGAUGCUGCGCUGUCCGCUGGGAAGCACAAUAUUGAAGGUGAAGUUGCUUGACAUGGGUGAACCGAGAGCUCUGCUGGCCACCGCCCUGUCUCCGCCCAGCCUGAGUGACAUUGAGCGCACCAUUCUUCUGUUAAAGGAGGUUGGUGCACUGGCGGUCAGUGGGCAGAGGGAGGACGAGAACCCCCACGAUGGCGAGUUGACCUUCCUGGGACGAGUGCUGGCACAGCUCCCUGUCAGCCAGCAGCUGGGUAAACUCGUUGUGCUGGGACAUGUGUUUGGGUGCCUGGAUGAGUGUCUCAUCAUAGCGGCAGCUCUUUCUCUGAAGAAUUUUUUCACGAUGCCUUUUCGGCAGCAUCUGGAUGGAUAUAGGAACAAAGUGCACUUCUCAGGUAGCAGCAGGAGUGACUGCCUGGCACUUGUGGAGGCGUUCAGGGCCUGGCAGGCUUGCAGACAGCGAGGAGAGCUGCGGCGUCCCAAGGUGGCUGAAUUAUAUGAAGAAUUGAAGAAUAGAAUCUCACAGUUCAACAUGUUUGUGGGUCCUCACCAUCCCGUCUUGGAUCAAGAAUAUCCUUAUAAGCAGCGCUUCAUCCUGCAGGUUGUGCUGGCAGGCGCUUUUUAUCCAAACUACUUCACUUUUGGGCAGCCAGAUGAGGAGAUGGCAGUGAGGGAACUGGCUGGCAAAGACCCCAAGACAACAGUCGUGCUGAAACACAUCCCUCCCUAUGGAUUUCUUUACUACAAGCAACUGCAGUCUCUCUUUAGACAGUGUGGUCAAGUCAAGUCCAUUGUAUUUGAUGGUGCAAAAGCAUUUGUGGAGUUUUCACGGAAUCCAACAGAAAGAUUUAAGACCCUCCCUGCUGUGAACUUGGCAGUCAAGAUGUCCCAGUUGAAAGUGUCCCUAGAGCUCAGUGUCCAUGCUGCAGAGGAGAUCGAGGGGAAGGUGCAAGGCGGCUCGGUGUCAAAGCUCAGGAACACAAGGGUGAACGUGGACUUCCAGAAGCAGACGGUGGAUCCCAUGCAGGUGUCGUUCAACACCUUGGACAGACCCCGCACCGUUGCAGACCUCCUCCUGACAAUCGAUGUCACUGAGGUGGUAGAAGUGGGGCACUUCUGGGGGUACAGGAUCGACGAAAGGAAUGCAGAGCUGCUGAAACAACUGACUGCUGAGAUAAACCGCCUAGAGCUGGUCCCUCUGCCUAUCCACCCACAUCCAGACUUGGUCUGUCUGGCACCUUUUACUGAUUACAACAAGGAAAGCUACUUUAGAGCUCAAAUUCUUUAUGUUUCUGGAAAUUCCGCUGAGGUAUUCUUUGUAGACUAUGGGAAUAGGUCUCAUGUAGACCUAGAUCUCUUGAGGGAGAUCCCCUGUCAGUUUUUGGAGCUUCCAUUUCAGGCUUUGGAAUUCAAGAUUUGCAAAAUGCGACCAUCAGCAAAGUCUCUCAUCUGUGGCGAGCACUGGAGUGGGGGUGCCCAUGGGCGCUUUGCUGCCUUGGUCGGCGGCUGUCCUCUCCUGGUGAAGGUGUUCUCCAUUGUACACAGUGUUCUGCAUGUGGACGUGUACCGCUACUCGGGUGCCCAGGAUGCUGUCAACGUCAGAGAUGUUCUCAUCAGGGAGGGCUAUGCUGAGCUCGCAGAGGAGUCCUAUGAGUCAAAACAAAGCUAUGAAGUCCUCAAGGGUUUCUUUGCUAAGUCAGUGGACACCAUGCCGGACGGCUCUGUCUCCUCUCCUCUGAAGGACGAUGAGAAGCAUCUCCUACGGAUUCUGUUGGAGAGCUUUGCCUCCAACCGGCUAGGCGCUCCGAACUGCAAGGCUGUUCUCCAUGGGCCCUUUAACCCUUAUGAGCUGAAGUGUCAUAGUCUGACCAGAAUAUCCAAGUUCAGAUGUGUGUGGAUUGAGAAGGAGAGCAUCAAUUCUGUCGUCAUCAGUGACAGCCCUGCCGACCUGCACCAGAGGAUGCUGGUUGCAGCUUCACUCUCAGUUAACGAGACCGGCUCCACCAUGCUCCUGAGAGAGACCUCCCUGAUGCCGCACAUCCCAGGCCUCCCAGCGCUCCUCAGCAUGCUGUUCGCACCAGUGAUGGAGCUGAGAGUUGACCGUGAGGGAAAAUGUUACACUGGGGUCCUUUGUGGUUUGGGAUGGAAUUCAGCUACAGAGGCCCCUAUCCUGCCAGAGCAUGACAUCGAGCUGGCCUUUGAUGUGCGCUUAAACGUGGAGGACAUCGUUGAGAUUAAUAUUCUCAGGGCUGCUAUCAACAAGCUAGUGUGUGAUGGGCCAAAUGGAUCCAAGUAUCUUGGGCCUGAAAGAAUCGCUCAGUUGCAGGAGAAUGCACGCCAGAAACUUCUAGGCUUGUUCUGUCGGUUGAAACCUCGAGAGAAGAUUACUCCUCAGUGGCACGAGAAACCCUACGAGUGGAACCAGGUGGAUCCAAGGCUGAUCAUGGAGCAAGCUGAGCCAGAGGGCAGCCCAGGAAAGAGCACGUCACUGUACCAGCUGCACACGCCUGUGGUGCUCAGCCCCUAACGGGCUCGUCCCCAGCAGAGGUCACAGCGUUCCAGCGGUUGCUUCACCAUCUUGUUGCCUUUGCUCAGUGUGGGGAGUGGCAUUUCUGUUUGGGUGGGAAAAAUCAGAAAGUCUAGGCUUUUCAAGAAAUGGGGUCACAGUAUUAAAUACUUGGCAAAAAGUUGUUCUGAAAGAAGAUUUUGUUUUGGGAAAAGCUUCUUUAAAUGUAUGAGGGUAAAUCUAAAUAGUCGAGGAGACAAGAUCCAGAGCGUGUUUGUAUGCUAUCCUGUCACAGUGGUAGCUGUGGUGCGAGAGAGAGCCAGACUGCUGGCUUACCACAGGACACAGGCGGACCCUGAUCCCCAACGUGUAUGUCUGCAAGCAUAUGUGUGUGUGUGCUUAAAAACCCUGUGGCAUUUUCUGAAGAUCUUUUCCUCAUUGAAAAGAUGUGGUUUUGGUAAACCUUCAGUUUUGUGUAUUUAGGACUUGUGGUUAGAUUUAAGCCUCUUGGUCUGUGUUUUGGAAAUCAGGAGAUGUGACCUGGCACCCGGCAUAUCUGGGGAAACAAUAAAGGCAUUGGGCUUGGU